AACGUUUACAAUCGACGGUGCAACACGCGCGUGAUUCUGACUGACAGACGUUUGACACGCGACUUAUUUCCGAUCUUCAUCUUAGACACAAGUGCCGACUUAGUGCCAGUGAUAGUGACCUAUUUCUGAAAUGGAUCAUUCUUUAUCUCAGAACACUCCGCUGCACUGGGGUUACUCCAGCAACAACCCUCCGGCUUCAUCUUGGCCGACAGUGUCCAGAGGGGUCAAGAGACCCAUGUCUGACAGUGACUGUGAUGAUGUCUACUCAGAAGAAUCAUCCAAAGACCAAUGCACAUCUCCUGGUGACGCUGAUAGUUGUCAAAUGUUAUCCAGAAAGAAAAGAAGAGGUGUGAUAGAAAAGAAACGAAGGGACAGAAUUAAUAUGUCGCUUAGUGAACUGAAGAGACUCGUACCAAGUGCCUUUGAAAAGCAGGGAUCUGCCAAACUGGAGAAGGCUGAAAUCCUGCAGAUGACUGUGGACCAUUUGAAAAUGCUUCAUUCUAAAGGUUUGGACUCCUUCGCUUACGACCCUCAUAAGUACGCAAUGGACUACCAUGGUAUGGGAUUCAGGGAGUGCGUUGCUGAAGUGGCGAGGUACUUAGAACGCAUCGAAGGGUUGGACGUACAGAACCCCUUGCGGUUAAGACUCACCUCCCACCUGCAAUGCUGUGCUGCUCAAAGGGAACUAGCCUCAAAACAAUCGACAGCUGCUCCAUGGGGCUACGGCAGCUCGCAGCCACCAUAUCCCCCACUGAAUUCACUACCUCCGUCUCCGGCAUCCAAUCAUGGACCGAUCGUCAAUCUGAAUCCACACCAACCCCCUCCACCCCCACCUUUACACCAUCAGAAUAUGCAUCACGAUCUGGGACAUUUUGACGUGUCUACCUCAUGUGCCCAAACGACAGUUCCAGUUCCUUCCAGUGAUAAUAAUAGACUAGCCCCUUCAACGGCGAUACUGACGCCUCUGACCACCACAACGUCCUCGGCUUUGGCCUACAACCCCCAUCAGUACCCAGUGAACACCUUCAGUAUUCCUCCUUCGAGUCACCACCAAAACUACAGCCAAGGUAUCCCCACGUCGCAGGGGAUGAAGCCUUAUCGGCCGUGGGGGGCCGAAGUAGCGUAUUGACUGUAAAUCAUAGUGAUAGAAGUGGCCUUUAGUGUGUUGAGUUCGGAACAGGAAAUAAAAAUUAAGGCAAAUCAAUCCAUUUGACAAAUUUUUACUUUUGAUGAAUCAAUUGAAUACAACUGUUGAGAACUUUGGAAAGAGACACCAACUUUAUUUCAUUAUCAUGGAAAAAUGAAUCAGCAAAAAAGUACAAUGGAAAUAAUAAUAAUAUAGAAGAAAUAAUUUCAGUUACUUCCAAACCUUCAGAUACGAAGAAACAGUUCCUUUUUAUCAACAAAAAACGAUUUGAUAUUGUUAAUCGACUAAUUUUAUAUAAAAUGUCUUUACUUCUUUUUCCUUGUUCCCGAAUUCGUUGCUUGUGUAUAUAUCUGCCUUAUCUUACAAAAAUAAUUCCAGAACAUAGUCAUUUUAUUGUACCUUAUUUGAACGAAUCGAAUAUUUAUUUAUUUUUUUAGUGUAUCAUAGUUAGGAUUACGAAAUGAGCCAACUGGCAAUGUAUUUUUUAUACAAAUAUGAUCUCACAGAGUGUAAAAAGUUUAUUGUGAUUUCCUGGUGUUCCAGCAAUAAAAGUUAUUC